AUGCCGCCAGACGGGGAGGCCGGACCACAGUGUAACAGCAAUCACUGGCCGCCUCUGACGUCUUGUGUGGAGGUUCUCCCCUCCGUUCCCUACAGUGGGCUGAAUCAUCUCACUCACAAGACUGAGAGCCUCCCCUGGGAUGCUUCCUACGUAAAUAAGGCUGACACCUGGAACAAUCACCCGGGGGGUCAGCUCAUGCUGGAGAUUAUCCGUGCCCCAUGCAGCACGCAGGAUGGCAUCCUCUUUGUCAUUCUGUUCGUGACCCGCCCACCCGCCCGGCGUCUUUGGCGCCCACUCGCUCGCCUGUCCACGCCCAGGGGCCUGCUAGACCCGGAGCCGGGGCCGCCGCUCAGGGGCCCUCGGGUCAGGGGCGCCUGUACCGGCGAGCCGGCCGCGCCGCCAGGCUGGUCCGCUGCGCCCGCGCCCGGGAUGCCGUUCUACCGGCGCACGGUGGUGCCCCAGCGUCUGUGCCCGCGCAAUCCGCCGCAGCCGCUGGCGGAGCUUCGCGACGUGAGCCACCUGGCCGCGCUCAACCUACUCCGGCAGCUCGCGGACCUUUGUGGCCACUCGCUGGCUCUGCUCGAGGACCUAGAGGGGCACCUGCUGGCCCUGGGAUGCCGCACCGACAGCCUGUACCGGCGCACUGUGCGCCUCCGCCGCCGCCUUCCCUGCCGCCUGCUCGGCCCAGAGGACGACGGAGAGCUAGGUGUCUCCCACUGGUCAAACCCACCCCGCAGCCAGAGGGCAAGGGAAUCCGUCGAUGCCGCCCGCACAGAAGAAUACGAGGAACAGUACUCAGAGGCCAGACUUCUGGGGCAGACCUUCCGCUCUUCUGAUGAGGCCCCUGAGCCCACCCCCAGCCCAAGGCUCCAGUCCGCCAGGCGUCUGGAGUUUGUGUUGAUGCCUGCAAAACGGCAGCUGAGUGAGGAUGAGACUACCACGCAGGGUGUGAGGGCCCCCGAGGCCGCCCUGAGCCUGUCUGCAACCGACAAGCAAACUGCCUGGAAUAGCCCCUUCCCUCUGCCCAGCCUAGAGGAGAAGCGGUGGCCUCAGCCCUGCUCCACGCAGUCUGACCUUGUGCCCAUCAACAUCUCUGGGCAGCAGUUUGAUAGACACGCAAGUUUGCGACACUCGUUGUUUAACACAGAGACAGCCGUGAACCCCAAGUCUACCCUGAGGAGGAGGCGGACCAUUAUUGGAUUCUCUAACUAUUCCCAGCGAGACCAAGGUCACAGCAGCAGCCCAGCAGGCAGUGCGGCUCGCUCCACCUCCUCAGACGCCAGGCCCAGCCACUCCGCUCCUCAAGGCGUUCAUGGAAGAGUCGCCAUUGGGCAGGAAGCUCGGUUCCCAAAUCUCACCUCACCAGUACUGAGAAAUCUUCCCAGUGAGCCCGAGGACCCUCAUCAGGCACACAGUGGCCUAGACCCUCCUGGCAUGGAGAAUGUGGGAAUGGUGUACAGCGUCCCCAGCUCUUGCAACGGGCCAACAGAAUCAACGUUCUCCACUUCCUGGAAGGGAGAUGCCUUCACCUACAUGACUCCAAGUGCAAUCAACCAGAGCAACCAAGUCAAUGAAAGUGGAAAAAAUCCUUCCUCGGGGAGUUCCUGGGUCUCUGUGAACACACUCCCACCUCUGGUUCCUAAGGAGGCAGCUACCCUCUUUGUUGCCCGUGAUAACCCAGCAGGAUGUAGUGGCUUAGCCAACUACCCUGAGCACGCCACCCAACGAAGGCAAGUACUGGAAAGACCGCAUAAGAUGGGCCUUCUCACUGGUGGUACCUUGAGGCUGGAGACAGGCCUAGGUGGGGCCAGCAGAUUCCGGGAGCGGUCUCUGUCCGUGCCCACAGAUUCAGGCACCACAGAUGGGGAGUACGAUGAGGAGCAGAAGGCCAGUGAGGCCUGCGCCCUGCCUUACGCCAGUACAAGCUCUGAGGGCAGCAACAGCGCUGACAACAUCGCCUCCCUCAAUGCUGAGCAGGAGGCCCGGCACAGAAGGCAGAGGUCCAAGAGCAUCUCACUCAGGAAGGCCAAGAAGAAGCCUUCCCCACCAACCCGCAGUGUGUCGCUGGUCAAAGACGAGCCAGUCCUCUUGCCAGAAGGUGGGCCUGCACUGCCUAAAGACCAGAGGCCAAGGAGCCUUUGCCUUUCCUUGGAGCACCAAGGACAUCACUCAUCCCACCCAGACACUCAGGGUCACUCAGCUGCGCCAACCCUCAAAGAUGCAGAAGGUACACAGUUCUCCCAUCACUGGUAUCUAACUGACUGGAAGUCUGGUGACACCUACCAGUCCUUGUCCAGCUCUAGCACUGCCACUGGCACCACAGUCAUCGAGUGCACCCAAGUUCAGGGCAGCUCAGAGUCCCUUGCUUCCCCUUCCACCUCCAGAGCCACCACGCCUUCCCAACUCUCCAUCGAGGUGGAGGCCAGGGAGGUCUCCUCUCCAGGAAGGCCCACCGGACUGAUGUCACCCUCCAGUGGAUACUCCAGCCAGUCCGAGACUCCGACGCCCACUGUCUCCAUGUCCUUGACCCUGGGCCACUUACCUCCACCAAGCAGCAGUGUCAGGGUACGUCCAGUGGUACCGGAGAGGAAAUCAUCACUACCCGCAACAUCACCAAUGGAGAAGAUGUCCAAGUCACGGCUAUCAUUUGACCUCCCGCUGACCUCUUCAACCACCUUGGAUCUGUCUGGGAUGAGUAUCUCCAUCCGCAGCAAAACCAAGGUGAGCCGCCAUCACUCAGAUACCAAUUUUGGGGCCAAACUGGCACAGAAAACUAGCCCCAACCAGCCAAUCAUGCCCAUGGUUACUCAGUCUGACCUACGUUCAGUUCGCCUGAGAUCGGUCAGCAAGUCUGAGCCAGAAGAUGACACCGAGAGCCCGGACUACACUGAAGAAUCUGGAGCAGAAGAAGUGUUUGCCUUGCCGGAGAGAAAAGUGAAACCUCCCAUAGCUGAGAAGCCUCCACUGGCCCGAAGGCCUCCAAGCUUGCUGCACAAGCCACCGUCUGUCCCUGAGGAAUACCCACUAAGUUUGCCUACCUUGGCUAUGGCCCCCAAGAGCACCAUUCACCACGUGAAGCCUCUCCUCCAAGAAAGCCACACGGUGGUGCGAAAACCAAAGCCCCCCAGCUUCCCAGAUGGCAGAAGCCCCCAGGAGUCAACAACACCCUCAUCUCUUGUCCUCACGCCUUUUGCAAGUUCCUCUGGUGCUUUCUUCUCAGGAACACAGCAACCUCCCCGAGGAAGUAUGGAGGAUGAGGGCCCCAAGGUGAGAGCCUUACCAGGAAGAAUUGGCCUCCAGAGCCAGGAAGAAGCUGAGAAAAAGACAGGCAAGAUUCCGCCCCCUGUACCAAAAAAGCCCAGUGUGCUCUACCUGCCUCUCGCCUCCCCUGGAGCUCAGAUGGAGGCCCAUGUGAUGGAUGCAAGGCUGCCUCUCAGCCCCAUCAUCACCCUGGAGGAAGAUGCCAGGGGUCCUGCCACCGGCAGUGACCUGCAGUUAGCUGGUAAGAAGACAAGCUCAGCUCCGCAGGCGGACAGGGAAAAGGAGGCAAGCUCUCCAGGGAGCUCUGUGGAACCAAGCGCUGAAGAGAAAAGUUUAAUCAGUGAUAAAACAGCCGAGUGGAUCGCGGAGGAGGAGGAUGAUGUCUUUGUGGCUUCACGCACAACUGAAGAUUUAUUUACUGUGAUACACAGGUCCAAAAGAAAGCUGCUCGGCUGGAAGGAGCCUGGGGAGGGCUUCGCAGGGGGCCGACCGAGCUCUCACUUGCCAGGAAAGAACACAGCCGAUUCUCCCAUUAGUGAGUCUGCUGCCACUGCCGCCGCCGCAGCCGCCGCCGCCACCUCGGGAUCAGGCAGCAGUGCCAGCCUAGACGCGGGCAGAAACGAUGAUUUCAAGGCCUUGCUCCAGAAGAAGGGUAGUAAGGCAACUCCAAGGUCCCGCCCCUCAGCAGCCGAACUGCUGAAGACCACUAACCCACUGGCGCGGAGAAUCAUUGCACAGUUUUCAAAUGACUAUGAAACCACUGAGAACCCCGGUUCCUAAGCCCUGGCUUCAACAAGCAGGGCUUACUUACUAAACUUGAGAAGGGGGAUAGAAAGAGUGUGGGAAAGGAACUGUGGGAGGAACAAAAGAGCCUACUUUUUGACAUUAACUUACACUCCGGAUGGCAGGAGAGAGGCCGUUUCAACUAGCGCUGAGGUCAUCAGGCGCUUGAACCAUCUUUGGACAUUUUGCGUAUCCAUACUUUCACCCUUGCCGUGACUGAAGACCAAGUUUCUUCCUUUCCUCCACUGGUGUGCACUAAAAAAGAAGAAAUUCUCAGAUGCAAGGGCUCACGUGCCACCUUUUCAGUCUGUGUCCUGGCUGCUCCAUCCCUGGCUCCUGUCACUGAGGAGCACAGUGGGAGAGCAGAUAGGGGCUUGGCAACCCCUAGGAGUCGGGCAGAGGGUGUCACUGCUGAUCACUCACUCUCCUGGGAGGACCUGUUGGCCAUAAGUAGAGACAAGGAAGACACCAAGGCUCCACAGCCACAGUGGGACUCUCCUCCGGGGAGAGUUUCGCAGGUGUGCUCAAGUUUCAGCAUGGGGUUGAUCGAUGACCUUUGUGGUACAGAAUAUGAAUGUGACCCUGUCCUGAAACUUCAUUCCUUUUUCAGUUUGAUUGUCUAUACGGAGAUCAGGGUGAUGAGUUUCAAUGCAUUUGUAGACUGAUCCCCGCCCCUCUGCCGCCACUGCCCAUUUGUUAGAAAAGGUCAGAACUGCAUGGCUUUGGAUGAACCAAGUUCUGCCAACAAAUGAGGCAGCCAUGUGGUCACUCAGCUCUGUCCAAGCAACGUGCAACUUGCACAUGCCCCUUGAGGUCCUUCGGGUGUCUACUAGGAUCUGUACCUAGCGUCUGUUACAUUCUAAGAACUCUUACUUCAUUUGCAUGUGACAUUCAUUACAGGAAGUAACUAGCUGAAGGAUCAGCAUCAUCAGAGGCUCAAGGAGGAUAGAAAGUAAAUUCCUCUUGUUUCACAUUAUCCAAUUCAAAUCGCGCUUUGUGGUUGGUUGGAUUUUGAUUAAAGGAUGUCUGACGCUGUUCCAAAAACCAAGAACCUAUAGACUAAAAGUAUCUACCCAAAAUCUAAAAGGCAGCUUUGCCAGUUGCUAUGGCCCAUAACACACACGAAAAGGGGCCACUUUUUGCUAUUUACAUUCUGCUGUUUGACCACCUCUCAGUUAACCAUGCUGGGAGAAAGUGUAAGAACUCAGGUACAUGGGAUGUUGAAGGAGUUCUAGAACAAUCCUUGUGACCGCUUCCCCUCCAAAGUGAAUAGGCACCUAACUAUUCUUGUCAGCUCAAUUUUCUAAAGCCAACAAGAGCAGUGACUCAUUUGAUUUCCAUAUGCCUGAUUUCUGGGAUCUUGGGGGUCAGACAGACAAAGUACUUAAUAAAGACAACCUGCUGAGCAGUUUUAGAAAGUUAAUUGCCUAUUCAUCCCAAAAGGCAAAAGGAAAAGUCAAAUGAAAUUGUUGCUUGCUUCACAAAGAGUCUUCUCCCACUCCUUCCUCUUUUACCACUGAAACCAUCAGAUUCAUUUCUAUCCAGGUUGCAGAGACAAGCAGAUCUCAAUUUUGGUAAGUCAUUUUUGUCAUCAGUGAAAAGAAAAUGCUCGGUUCAACUACCAAUACUCCAGGCUGAAAAGCCACACUGAGUUCUGAGCAGAUGAGGCCUUCUCACAUAGAAGCCCCAGGCCUAGGCCCUUGGUUGGUCCAGUUCUGAAAUCUAGAUUUGUGGGCACAGGCCAGGCCCACCAAAUGUCUUUGCGAUCAGCACUCACACUGAUUUAGAAAGAAGCCAUUUUAAAUAAUAGACAAAUAAUGAAAGCCCAGUUGCUUUUGAAAGUAUUUGAGGGGCUGGGGAUUUAGCUCAGCAGCACAGCGCCUGCCUGGCAAGCGCAUGGUCAUGAGUUCAAUUCCCAGUACCGGGGGGAAGCGGGGGGAAGUAUUUGAACUAUUUGUUUUGAAGAUCUUAACCAAGUUGCAGAGGUUUUGCCUGAAAUAAAACAGAUUCAUUUCCGGCCUUGGUUUAUAUGUGAAUGCCACACUUACCUGGCACAGACUCAGAAUUCCAAAAGACAGAACCACUUUCCUCAUAGGGAAAUGAAGGAGCAUUUGUGCUUUUGCCUGAUAAAAUCCCGAGGCUGCCAUGGUGAUUUAGGAACGAUUACGAGUUACCUGUAACUGAACUUGAAAGUAUGAGAGUUUCAGACUCAAAUAGUAUAGGACCUCUGUUACUUCUGUUGAGUUUUUCUGGGAGCUUCUGGUUACUUCUAGUGUGUUUUCCCUCUCCCCUCGCAUCACCAUCUCUGGAGAUUUCCCCAAGAUUCUAAAGCUGAAUGCCCAGAUACCUUUAUGCUUUUCAGUGACCUUGAUUCUUGUUUUCUUCUCUGAAACUGUAUAUCUGGAAUUUUUAGAACUUUUUUCUGCAUCGUUGCUAUUGCUAUCACAUGCCCAGUGGUGCCCCCAUUAGUAUAAGAAGAUUUGGGACAGAUUGUGCAAUCAGAAGUAACACUGAGGACUAGAAAUACCAUUUAAUAUCUUACAUUGGUGCACCUUGUUCCAAACAAACAACCAAACCGUAAAACUUCUAACAAUCACUGAUUAACAGAACACCAAGCAUCUUUCCUACUUCUAACACUCAACCUCUCUCUGCCCUCAGUUAUCAAAGCACCAACUCUCUCUCCCGCCUCGGCACUUAUGAGAGUGUUUACCGCCUUCUGCGCCCACUCUGCCUGCCAAGGCUGGAGAAAAGAACUCAAGAGCCCCUCUCAGGAAGGUUUUCAGAGAAGCUACUACUAUUACUGCUACUGCUACUACUGGGAACAAAUAACGAUGAGAAUAAUUUUUCAAGGUGAAAUAUACCAGAAGCUGGAGGGAAGCAAAGUUGGCCCCAGGAGGUCAGCUUCCACCUCAAGUCCUUGCUAUAUAUACCCUUUUUUCCCUUCACUUCCAACCAGUAGAGCAGGUGGCUGUGCUAGCCUGGCUUCACUGGAGUCAGGAGAAGAGGAGGUCGUCUCUAGGAGAGGCAGUGAAUCGGUAGCUAAGAGCGCUUUGAACUUGGUGGGUAUUCAUUACAUAUUUGUGGUUCAGAUGUGGGCGGCAGAGAGCAAGUUCUCCGUACAACAGCAAGCUUUACUGGCAUCUCUCUUUGCCAGCCUGGGCCUCCCGCCUAGGUCUCCCACCUGGCCUCUCAGCCCUAAUACCAGUGAAUUUCAUCCCUAGCCAACAGCUCGGUCAUGAAGGAGACAAGGCUACAGGCAGCCAGCCAGCUGAUCUGGAAAAAUUACCUACAAUGUGCAAAGACGGGAGAGUUUCAAAGGCUUUCCUAGUAAGCAUUUUGCCUGACAUCCAUGUUAACUAGAUAGAACACACAGAUCCGAUUUGCCAUUUCUCUGUACCUGUCACUGCACAGAUCUGCCUGUGCGCCUGCCGCCUUCCUCAUUCCUGACCGAGUCAGGAAAAAGACCAUUCAGGCUCAGUGCUCUGUUCUGCACUGGUUCAGCCCUCCAUGUUUGCCAAGUCUGUGACACAACGGUGAGCUUUCACUUUCCUGUGAGCUGCCAGGGCCAGGACCAGGGUGAGAUGAGCAAGGCACUGGGGGUGCAAACCGUAAGCAGGCACCUGCUCGUGCGGCUGUGCAAGUGCCUCGCCCUUGCCCCCGCCCUGUGACUUGCGCUGUGUAAGUAAGAUGAGUUUUCCUGCUUCCAAGUCUCAUUCUUCUUAUCGGAGAGGGGAGUGGCUAUCUGUUUUCAGACCAAAUACUUAAUUGCUAUCUAUUUUCCAUUCGUUGCUAGGAGCCUUUGCUAGGAUGCAAGGACUGGGGAGAAAGUGAGCAUCCUAGCAUCGACCCUGCUCAGUGCCUCCUACCGUGUUCUCCUCCUCCUUAAGAAAAACGUGCUCUCAGGAAAGAGAUAAAUUCACUUACUUUGAGAUUAUAAGGCUUAAUGCUACCUCUUUUGAGGGUCGCUUGCAUUUUAGCAGGGGAAAAGCCUUACGCUAAAGUUAUGACAUUCUACUUGCAGAAUAUUAGACAGUGACUAGUUGUAGAAGUGUAUUUUUCACAUGGACAGGCCAGAUUCCCUGACAGCUAACUCCAGAGCAUAGAAAAGACCUUUAUCAGUGUGGUUAGUAGCUGACGGUCAAUUAAAUUGUCCAAAUACCCAGAGCUAUUCAAUAUGGUUAUUAAUAGGCGACUCUCAGAAAUGGCUACUAAAAGCCACCGGGAAGGCCUAGGUCAUUCACAUUGUACAUUAACAUGUUUACAUAAAUAGAAUUAAUACUACUUACCACUUGAGUAAAAGAACAUAACAACUUAAGGAGUCUGUGAAAAUGUGUCCUGUCUGUGAAGAGGUGAGAUAUCUGAUCCAGGUCCAAUCGACGUCAGUCAUCCAGUAUCAGUGAUGAUUCCUUAAUUUAUUGGAGGUUCAAUCUGACUAAGCCCAGGCCUCUGCUCUCCCACCCCACCAUUUAUCUCUGUUUGUGCAAUCACUUCAGCUUGGUGUGAGACUGAGACCUGUACCACAGCACCCAUUUCCUUCAAAGCCUUCGUGUGGAUUUCAGCUAUAAGUGACAAAGAUAUUAGGGAUUUAAGAGGAUGAGAGAGUGGGAGGGAGGUACAAAGAAGUGCCUUUGUCAAAGGGCAGAAAAUAGUAUAGUGAUUUAAACAAUUAUAUGAAAUAAGCAACGUUUUAGAAUACUUGGAGAUAGAUUUAUAGAAGACUACAAUAGAAAAUGGUUAUGGACAUAUCUUUAGGGCACUUUUUAUAAGUUUAGCAGAAAGAAGUUUGCACGAGUAAUGGGUUAUGUGAAACAGGUAAUACUUUUGUUCAGUCAAGUGCAAAAAUCUAGGCCAGUGGUUCUCAGAAUGUGGUCCCAGGACCAGCGACAGCAGCAGUCCUGGUAUGUGUCUGUGUGCGUGCGUGCUUGUGGGAGUGAGUGUGUGUGCAUGAGUGCGAGUGUGUGUGUGUUUUCCAGCGACUACUCCUUCAAGCCCCUGAAUCACUACAGCCAGGCUCCACCUGAUCCCAACCUUCCCCGUUGUUUUGGCUGUCAUCACAGGGAUCGAUCCCUGGCCAAGAGAUGCACUGUCUAAGCAUCGUGUUGGUCAGGCACACGUUUGUUUGGUGUUAAGAAGUUAUUAGAUUGAAUCAACUCUGCAAUCAGUUCAAUCCGAAAAGCUUUUGGUUUGACUUAACUAGCACAUUUAGCCUGGUUUGGGUUUUUAAAAAUGUUUUAAACUCACACAUAGAAAAAGGGAAAGGUGUUAGGUUGGUUUGGUACUACCAACCCUUAAAUCCACAUCCUCAUCAGAGUGGCUAUUCUCCAGGAGGGCUCUGGCAGAAGUAUGACUGAUUUUAAGGUUUUGCCUAAAGAGGGGAAUUUGAUAGCAACAAACGCCACAACAAAUCUGAACCAGAACAAGUUAACCCCUCUCAGCUUCUUUGUAAUGCCAAGCUUUAUAGAAAUUUUAUUCUGUAUGUGGUCUUGAGCUUUUCUUAAUGUCCAAUUUUAUAAAACGUGAUGCAUGCAAAUGCAGCAUUGUGCUCAUUGUACCCGUCACCUUAAACUCAUUCCCUCCUUCGUGUGUAUGAUGGUGAAGAAAUACCAAUAUGUGUGUUCUGAUUCUCUUGAUCAAUUGUAAAUUACAGACAUUUUCAUUAAUUUUUAAAUGAGAUAUAUUUACGCUG